ACACACCCUGUGUUGUAAUUGAAAUAAAGAGUGGACUGCUAGUAGUUACCGUGGAUUUAUUAAAAGAACAGUGAGUUUAGUUAAAGAGGUUUAACGCGUUGGUUAUCUCGUCAACUACAGUGUGAGGACUUCAAAACAAUGUGAGACGCAGUGAAUUGAAAUUAAUUAUUUCAAGAAGACAACUCCAAAGAUAAACACUGUGAUUAUAAAUAAACCUUCAGGGAAUAAAGUAUCACACUAGCAAUAAAUUAAGGCUAACACAAGGAGCCAAAGGAUUGAAAGGAGUUUAGUACUUUGAAGAUUGAAACCAACACAAUCAUGAAUCGUUACACCAAGAUGACUGCCUAUACCAUGUUGAUGAUGCUGUGCUUUCAAAUAUUACCAAUAAGCUCGGCUCCACUACAGCUUCAGUACCAAAGCCAGCUCUCUUUGCAACCGACGCCAGAGGAACUGCUGCAGCAUCAGCUGUUCGCGUUGCAGCAGUUACAGCAGCUGCAGAAUUUGCAGAACUUGCAGAUGGUGAACGAACUGAAUAACUACUACCCGCAGGCGAUACAACGGCAAGACGCACCGCUAAUGAUCUUACUACCAGAAGGACAAUUAAAUAAUUUUAACCAAAACAACGAUCUCACGAAACAAGCCAAUGUAAAAACGAAAACUAACGAACAAGAUGAAACCAACGAUUCUGUAGUCAUAGAUGCUGAACCAAAUAUGGAACCAAAUCCUGAGACAGAACCAAAGAAAGCCAUUCUACUCAUUUCAAAUAGAGGAAGAUUGUCUAUAGGAGGCUUGAUAUCUGCUAUCCCGUUCCUUCCUAUAGAAAUCAACGUGCCUGACAGCAUCUCCUGGAUCUACAAUGGAAUCGCCGGUAUCAUAUCCGGUAUCGGUCAGCGACUUCCGUUCAAAAAGCCAAUGCCAACGCCGACUCCAGAAUCAGACCCCAGUCUAAGGUUGUUGAUAAACCGAUUGCAGAAUAGGAACCAAAAUGUUCAAGUGCCUAUAUUAAUGUUGCCAGAUGUGGCGCAAGUGUAUCCGAUGCAGGUUUGA